AAUUUCGCCAAUCAUUGAUCAACUUGAGGGGGGUUAGGUCCGCUUAGGGCGCAUAUAUAAGCACUAGAUCCCGCAGAAACUGGCGUCUGUUAGGAAUCUAGCGCACUUGUACGACGCAGUUUUAUAAACUUUACAUUAAAAAUGAAAGCAUUCGUGAUUGUACUCCUGCUCGUGGCUGCCGUCUACGGCGCAGAGGAGAAGAAGGAGAAGCGCGGCCUGCUCGGUCUCGGGUACGGCGGACUCGGCCACGGGCUGUACGGGGGGCACGGACUCGGCCUGUACGGGGGCCACGGGCUCGGUCUCUACGGGGGCCACAGCGUCGGCAUCGCCGCGCCCAUCGUCAGCCACAGCGUAGCUCUCCCAGCGCCAAUCAUAAGCCAUAGCAUCGCCGCCCCAGUCAUCGAUCAUGGCCUAUACGGACAUGGUCUGUAUGGCCACGGACUCGGUGCUCCCCUCCUGGGACUCGGCCACGGCUGGCAUUAGGGCCUACGCCCCCAUAAUAAAAACCAUCGCGUCAGCGAGCGAAAGGGUACAAGGUUACCACUUGAGUGCCAAAUUAGUAUUGUGAGUUAAGUUCAAUAAAUUUAUUAAAAUUAAA